AUGCCUACAUAUGUUACUUUUAGUUCCCGAAUUUCAUGGUUUUGGAUAUUUCAUUGUACAUAUUCAGCUUCCGAUGACAGUUUCUCGUUUUACAAAUUUACCGGCCCCGUUAGCGGACGCGUGAAUGAGGUUAUCAUUAACUCCGAAUCACAUCCCGAUGGACGAAAAAUCGAUUACGUGGCUCAACCGAAUUAUAAUUUCCAUUACGGUAUUCAAGACACGAAAACCGGAAAUUCACAGGGACAUAUGGAGUCUAGAAUGGGCGACAAAGUGGUCGGUGAAUAUAGGGUGCUACAGGACGACGGCAUGGUGCGCAUCGUCAAGUACACCGCAGAUACCCAAAAUGGGUUUCAGGCUCACAUCGAAUAUGUUAGACUUAAGUAUUGAGCUUUAUGCUAAGUAAUUAAUUUAUA